AUGUCCGCCACCACCGACAGCGGCAAAACAUACCGCACCGAGUGCACCGGUGCCGCACAUGAGACCGUCAAGCGACACUCGUCCGACGAGGCCAUAACCUUGUUCGCCGCGUGCUUUUGCCCGUUUGUGCAGAGGGCGUGGAUCGCGCUGGAGUAUCUUGGUGUACCGUACAAGGUGGAUGAAGUCGACCCGUACAAGAAGCCGCAGGCGCUGUUGGAGGUGUCGCCAAAGGGCCUCGUUCCCGGUCUGAAGCUGCACAAUUACAACCCGCCGCGGGCACUCAAUGAGAGCACGGUCAUCCUUGAGUAUCUGGAAGACGUCGCGUCAAACACAACGAAGCGCAGCCUCCUUCCUCCUCGGACUAACCCAUACGCCCGCGCCCUCGUCCGCCUCCAAGCCGACCACGUCAACCGCACGCUCGUCCCCGCCUUCUAUCGCUACCUCCAAGCCCAGGACGCCGACGCGCAAAUCAAAGGCGGUCAGGAAUUCCUCGAAGCCAUCCGGGGCUUAACGGAUCUCUUCGAGCGCAUGGAGCGCGAGAUCGCGGGGCUCGGUCUCUGGGUUGAGGGUGGGGACUUGGGGUACGUGGACGCGAUGGCGGGGCCGUGGAUCUUCCGCGCGUCGAUCGUCUUGAAGCACUACCGCGGGUUCACGAUGCCCGAGGGCGAGAAGUUCACGGCGUGGACGCAGCGCUUGUUCAGCCACCCGGUGUUCAAGUCGACGUGCAGCACGGAUGAUUUGUACUUGGAUAGCUACGAGAGAUAUGCCCACAACCGCCCGAACACAAGCAUGGUAGCAAAUGCCAUUAACAGUGGACGCGGCCUGCCUUGA